GGUGCUGGUAUCAAGUUACGCGAGGAGGGUUGGGCUGUUGCAGUAGAAACAUGUCUUAAAAAUCUGGCAUUCUCAUUCUGCUGUAAUGAUACUCAUGAUUCCACAGUAUUGAGAGAACUUAUGAGAGGAUUGUAUGAACAAAAUAGAAUGCCACAAGUUGUUGUCUCCAAGUUUCAGGUUCGUAUUGAUCAAUUUAUAAACUAUAGAUGACGACUCAGAGACUACAUAUAUGUAUCAUGCAUAGAUUAUCUCUAAAUGUUAAGUUUGGGGCAUCUCGCUUGAUACAUAGUUAAUAGAAUAGAUGGUUUGGAAACUCAUUAGAAUAACAAUAUAACUCGUUAUCUAUGUUAGUCAACGUUUAUUCAUAAACAUGGUCGUUCACCGUCACGUGUGUAUUGUGUUCUUGCCAAAUCCACCAAUAGCAAUUUUCGAUUUACCCUAUUGUUCGAGUCACGGUUAGGUAACUUUCCUAAAACAUUCCUAUUGGUUAGUUGGGCAAAAAUACAAUACGCACGUGACGGUGAAGGACCAGAUUUAUGAAUAAACGUUGACCAACAUAGAUAAUGAGUUACAUUGUUAUUCUAAUGAGUUUCCAAACCCUCUAUUCUAUUAACUAUGCUUAAUAGAAGUCAAAGAAGUUGAUAGAACCAUCAUAUAUGUACUAUUUAAAACACGAGCAGGAGUGGUUUAACAGAUAUAAAUCACGAGGAGACAGCCGAGUGUUUUAUAUCUGAUUAAGCAUGGACUGCGAGUGUUUUAAAUGGCUUAAAAAACGACCCAUCUUUAUGAGUUCAUUUGCGAAGUAAUUUGAAAAAUUAGCCGAAAAAUAAAGUUAAAAUAUGACUUAUCACAUACCAACGGAAUAAUGUAGUGAUUCAGGAUGGAUCCGUGGUGGUGGUGGGGUGCUCUGCCAGCUCUAGUGCCGAGUUGUGUCGGUCAUGUGUGCUGCCCGCCCAUUAACUACUGCAAAGUUCUGCAAAGUCUUGCUUGACUACAGUAUUUGAAUUGUAAUUGUUGUUCACAGUUCGCUCAUCAUCAUGUUAUUACUCAAAUUACUGUAUCUCAUUUUGUCUCUAAUAAUUUUUUGCUUUAUCUUGAAAAAUAGCACCCCACCCCCCCCUGCACCCCCUCAGUAAAUCCAUCCCUGUAGUGAUUUCCUUUGUCUUUUUCUCAUGAAUUAUUACCAAGACUCGUGUAAUAAACAUGGAUAUUUUUCUCAUUUCCACAUAUAGGGAGAAUAUUACGAUAUCUCAAGGAAUGUAAGUUCAAUGUACAAGUGUAUUUUGUCUAUUCUGAUUGGCUUCAAUCUUGCACUUAUGUUCACUCAUUAAUAAUGUUUUACUUAAAAUUUUAUGAAAUGAAAUUUUAUGUUUUUAUUUCAAUGAUUUACCUUUUCUUGUUUAGAAACCUCACUGUCGUUAUCCAACCGUCAUUGAUGUCCUGCAGAUUGACGAUCCUGUAAUAUUUAACUGCAUUGUUGAUCAAGUAUGUAUCUCUUGAAUAAAGGACUUAUUAUAGUCGGACGUGUGCUUACGGAUACCUCUCUAAUACGAAAAGUUCUCAAUGUACCGAAAUAAUGUACAGUCAAACAAUUAGCGGGAUGUCCAUAUUAGAGGGGUGUCCAUAAUAGAAUGUAGAGGGGUGUCCAUAAUAGAAUGUGGACACCUCUUUAAUAUGGACAUCUCGCUAACAAGUAUACCUCUCCAAUACAGAUACCCCUGUUAAGGAUACCUCCCUAAUAUGGACACCUUUCUAAUACUGACACCUCUCUAAUACUGACACCUCUCUAAUACUGACACCUCUCUAAUACUGACAUUCUCUAAUACGGAGGACACCUCUCUAUAAUGGACACCUUCUAAUAUGGACACCUCUCUAAUAUGGACACCUCUCUAAUAUGGACACCUCUCUAAUAGAGACACCUCUCUAAUAGAGACACCUCUCUAGGACACUCUCUAGGAUAAUACGGAGGACACUUCUCUAAUACGGAGGACACUUCUCUAAUAUGGACACCUCUCUAAUACUGACACCUCUCUAAUAUGGACACCUCCUUAAUAGAGACACCUCUCUAGGACAUUCUCUAAUAUGGACACCUCUCUAAUACUGGCGCCUCUCUAAUAUGGACGCCUCUCUAAAUCUAAUGUACUGCGUACAUCUGUGGAUUGGGAAUAAAUUUAUAUAUUUUCCUCAAAUAUGUAGACUGGUGCUGAGUGUGUUCUGUUGAUCAAGGAUCCGGAAGAAGCUCGAGAUGUUAUGUUUAAUCGAGUACCUCAGAAUGCUAGAAUGGUAAGUUCUGCAAAGGCAGUAUGUAUAUUGAAAACACAGUUGUAGCUAGGUCCAUGCGCAUGUCUGAUUAUAGUUUCAUAUCAGUCAGUUUCCCAAUGAUGAAUCCAUCCUUGCGCUCAUAGUUAUAUAUUACAUCAUGAUUGAUUGUGAUAUAUUCUCGUCAUGAUUGAUUGUGAUAUAUGUGAAGAUCUCUUUAUGGGACUCGUCUCUUGUGUUGCCACACAGGAGGUGAGCUGAGGGAAACUAGACAACAUCUGAACUACAUUUAAAGCCUUGAAAUUUUAAUCUUCCUGCCCCACUAUUGCAGUGCUUAGUACAUGUGCCUUUCUCCUGUGACCGAGGUUCGAUUUCUUCAAUAUGAAGCGGCUUGAUUUAAAUACGCCUCAGUCUCAUUCAUACAUAGUAAGCGAGUGAGUAAAUGAUUUUGAAAGAUGCAGCUGAACCUGAUCGAGUUGUAGGCUUUCUAAAGGCCCUUUUAAACUUGCAAUUUUUGCUGAGAUUUUUAGUGUGAUUUUCUUCUUAUGCAUGUGAACGAGUAAUUGAGUUAUGAAUGCACUCAGUAUAUGUAGCCUCAUCUGAACAUUCAGUAAAUUGCCGCCGCCUGUUUGUGAGAAAAGUGCUUUCAUCCAUAACAUAACAUCGAUAUAGGAAGUAACAUGUACCUUUCCAUGAUAAUGUUUCCAUAGGCAUUCGCAGGAAAUGGAGAUCAAAUAUAUGGUGGUAAAAGUGCCAAGUCGUACGCUUACACUGGUAGUGGAAGUAGUUAUUUGAAGGGAAAUAUCGAGGAUCAAAUAAGGUACACCAUUUUAAAUGAGGUUCGGUGGUUUGUGUCUGAACUAUAGGAAAACAAAAAACCAUAAGCGUACAAGGUGGUUUGGAGAUCAGGGGGCUGCAGCCCCCCAGAGAAAAUGAAGUUCUGCAAAAAGAUGUUUGGCUUCAAUUUUUGAGCUGGAGUCAGCCUUCAAUGUAUACAGCCCAGUGGUAGUAACAGCUGGUCAUAAUAACCAAUUGAGUUGCAUUGCACCCCAAUGCACCCUACUAUGUUAUUUUACUCUCUGUCUAUCGCCAGAUGAUUUUACUUGUCAAGGGGAGGGUACUGGUGCUCGAUGGCGUAUCAUGCAUUUUCAAACUAUUAGUUUUGGGGGAAACUGUUGCAAUUUUUUGUCUAUGAUGAUUUUUAGAAUUGGGAGGACUGUAUAAAGAACUACCUACACUUGCUCUAAAACUGUUUUCCCAAGCAUUGAAGUCCCUUUAUUAGCAUGUACCACUAUUUGUCAUUUUUUAUCAAACAUCGUUACUAAAUUUUCAUUUUGUACAAUGUUCUCAGACGUGUGCAAGCGCAACUGGAAGACGAACGUGGCAGAUAUUCUCAGUUAACAAGUGAACACGACAAACAUAACAAGGAUCUAAGAGAACUUCAAGGAGAGUUAAAGAAAAGUAAAAUGAAGAGCAUAAAGGAUCAGGAUAUGUACAACAAAAUCUUGCAGGUUAGUGAAAUCUACAUGAUUUAUGAUACGACUAUAGUUUUCUAGUGAGUGUUUUUCGCACGGUAUUGUCGAUUUCAAGUCACUUUUCAACGCGACUUUUCCAAGUUCGUUGCGAACUUGCCAAUUACGUUUCCAAGUUCACAAAUUGGGCGUGAAUUUCGCAACAAAGUUCGCAAGUACGUUUCAAUGUUUAAACUAUUGUAAACAAAUGUUCAUAGAAUCAUAGUUCAAGUUGAAAUUAACAAUUCAAUGUAAAGUUCUUGAUCCAGUGGGCUACCAAGAAGAUUUGUAUUUCAUUGAAUUGGUUAUGUAUGAACAUUGUUUACAAACGAAGUUCGAACAUCGAAAUGAACUUGCGAACUUUGUUGCGAAGUUCGCGCCCAAUUUCCGAACUUGGAAACGUAAUUGGCAAGUUCGCAACGAACUUGGGAACCUCGUGUUGAAAAGUGACUUGAAAUCGACAAUAAUGCAUGUACUACUACAGAAUACAGAUUAUAUUCAGGCUGUGUCCAGUUGUCUGAUUAUAAUGAAAAGAAUGUUUCCAGUGUUGUAACGAGUCACCCAAAGGUCGAGUCACGAGUCGAGUUAUUUCACUAUCUGGUUGAGUCGAGUCAAUGACUACACGAAUUGUAUGGUGAACAAACGGUGAACAGAAAUGCCUUCCCUACAAGUGCAACCAUGCUGAUCUGCAUCGAGAAUUUCUUUUUAUUUCGUCAAGCCCUUUUCAAGGACUCUUCCCAACUUAUUCACAUAUAAUACUUUUGAUGGAUUUAUCCUGAGCAAGUUGUAGCUGAGUUGACUCGAGUCAUUUACGGCAGAAAUCAACAAGUCGAGUCCGAGUCGAAUCAUUUGGGACUGUUGACUCGCGAGUCGAGUCAUUUUUCGUACUCGACUCGUGCUGAGUCGCAGAAAAUUGCGACUCGAGUCAGAGUCAAUGGCUUGACUCGUCACAACACUGACCGACACCUCUCUAAUAUGGACAUCUCGCUAAUAAGUAUUGAUCUCCAAUACAGUCGCCUCAUAUAAUUUCAUCAAUUUCAGGAAAUAACAGAACUCGAGCAAUUUGAAGAGGAACCUGUCCCUGAUGUCACCGUGUUGGUAAGAUUUGAAAGCCAUAAUUUUAUUAUUCUUUGUGAUAUCAUGAAUAACUAAUGAUGCCCAAAAUCAUGUUUUUAUUUCAUGUGUAUAGCAAGAAGAUGUGAAUGCUCUAACUCAACAGAUUGAAGAUGUUUCAUUACAGGUAUCUGAAAAAAAAUUUUUGAAUAAUUUUUUUCUUGUUGGUGCUAGUAUUCCAUCCAAAGGUCAUAGGUUCGUUUCCCACCGUGGCCAGGCAUAUUUUUCUUGUUGGGCUAGUGUUCCAAAGGUCAUAGGUUCGAUUCCCACCGUGGCCAGGCAUAUUUUUCUUGCUUGCCUGUUGUGGAUAUACACUCAUAGUAACAUCACAAGUAUCAUAAUUUCGAAUAAGUUAUGAUUAUUAGGUAAGGUUUAUAAAUGAAAAACUGAUGUGUCAUUAAUAUUUCCUUUGUCUUGGAACUGUAGAACGACGGCAAAUCGAAAGAGUAUUUGCAAGCAAAGACAUCUCUUGAGGAAAAGAGUAAAGAGUCUGAUCUACACAAAACGAAGAUCCAGGAAGUGAUUGGCAAGGCAGAACCACUCACGGUAAGAAUAUAGUGGGGUUUUCGGUUCUCGCACCAAAAAACUGCGGUUUUUCGGUUUUGGUAUCUUUCACGGUUUGCAAUUUUUCCCGUCAUUGGGGUAAUAGAGACCUUACGAUUUUAAGACGGCAACGCGACGGCAACGGCUACCAAUACAAUAGAUAAUUGAAAAGAAUUGAGUAAUUACAAUAUGAAUAACUUAGAUAUUGUCCUCGCUCUGUUUACAACGCCAAAUCACAGAUUUUCACGUCUUGAUACAACGGCUGUAUUCCAAGCCACAACAAGUGCAACUUUAAACUGGGUUUAGCAGAACUCUUUCCAACUAUAAAACCCAUGUCGUCAACUUCUAAAACUGCAUUAAAUGCAUACGAUUGAUAAUAUACGACGAACUAUCUUUACUACCAUUUAUUUGAAGGAGUUUAUUUUGGCCGUUGCGUUGCCGUCCUAAAAUCGUAAGGUCUCUAAAUGAUGACCUCGAUCACGUGAUCAAACUAAGUGCUAAGACUCUACUACACUUAACCUGAAGUUCAGUUUAGGGCCUGAUCUUCAGGUUAUACUACACUAGACAAUUAAAUAUCUGUAUAACUAUACGUAAUUUCCGACUCUUUACUCUCGCGUGUCUCUCUUACAAAUAGGGAGUUAAACUUCAUGUUUCCGGGAACGGCAAACGGCUGGUUCGAACUUUCUUGGCAAAAUUUUCGUUGAACGUUUUCGUUUCAUAUUUUCUUUCUUAUGUCGAAAGAAUAAUUAUGCAUUUUAGUUUUAAAACUGCUAGUUCAUUUGCUCUUCAUUGCUUGAUACCGUAAAAUAUUUCUUUGCUUGGCGUUUGCCGUUUUACGUAUAACGCGAAGCUUAAACUCUCUAAUAACUGAUACAACUAACGCCUAUAAUGUCACUCAAAAAUGUCAUCAAUUAAAUGUCUAUAUAAACCAUAACAGAACUUAACAUUAACUAUAUAAGGAUAAAUUAUUAAAUGUCAAAUGUUGCUCGCUAUUUACACCAAUGCCCAAACAUCCUUGGCAAGAAAAACGAAAUCCAUCACCAUAGCUAGAAAGAACAUGUUAAAAUGAGUAAAAUUGCAAAGUUUGGUUGCGAAAUGUUGUAAAAUGCAGAAAAUAUAGCCCUGCGAAAUUUGCGAAUUUUGUAUUACGCACGGGAAAAUGCACCACAUUACGCACAAGGGAAUAUGCACAUAGUGCAUAUUCCCUUGCGUAAUACAAAUUAAUACAAAUUUUGCAACAUUUUACAACAUUUUGCAACUAAACAUUUAGCAAUUUUAGUAAUUUUAAGAUGCUCUUUAUAGCUGUGGUGAUGGAUUUCGUUCUUCUUACCUAGAUCAAAAUUUACUAUAUAGAUGGAAUCAUCGAUUAGAUUGAAUGAAGGAUCUGUUAUCUGACUUAGUUUUGCUUCGUUGUAUGUAGUUACAAUUGAACGCCAUCGAAGCUGACAUUGCUACAGCAAAAGGUCAUAGAAAACACUACCAUGAUAAGAAGAAUGAAGUGUUGAAGAAAAUCUCGAAUGUGGAAGCGGAGUUGAAAGCAUUGAGUGAGGACGCUGAGGUUUGUGAGAUUUGCCUGUAUUGUUUGCUGUAGGUACAGGGAUGGGUCCACCCAGAUCUGGGAGGGGCGGGGGUGUUUACUUAGACGGUGAUGGGUCCAUCAGAGGGAUGCUCACCUAGGAUGGCGAUGGGUCCACCCAGAUCUGGGAGGGGUGGGGGUGCUUACCUGAGAUGGUGAUGGGUCCAUCAGAGGGAUGCGUAUUGCUUACCUAGGAUGGUGAUGGUUCUACCCAGAUCUUGGAGGGGCGGGGGUGCGACCGUUGACCAAUUGCAUAAUCACUAGAAGGAGUACAGUACCUCAAGAAACAAUCAAUUAUUAAGUUCGUUCCAUAGGGAGACAGCGCAGUAAUAAAAUGUCUGUUACCCAGUUGCACUCUUGAGAAAGGAGAUAUUCAAAGAACUUGUCGUACAACGUCCACUAAUAACUAUUGGUAUGUUUUUUCGUAGAAUGCAGCAAAGAAGGCAGCUGAAUAUUGUGAGCGUGUUCAGACCAGAAGAACAGUGAAGAGUUUGGAAAGUGAAAUCUCCCAAACGGAACGAAGAUUAAGAGCUGAACAACAGACGUAUGUAUUAAGCCCUCGCAAGCAAGAGUUUGCAUGAGAGUUUUCUCAACUCUCGUGCCCCGGUCAAAUCAGAAUUAGUGUUGCAUGAGAAUUGAUGGGAUAUUUUUUGUGUGUGUUUUUGAUGUUAUGUACUCAGGUGUAUAUAAUGUUUCCGAUGUUAUUCUGAGUGUAUAUCAAGGUUUGGGUAACAAAAAUGUAUUGUCAUUUCCAAAGCAUGGCUCACUCAAAUAUUGAAGAUCAAUGAGAGACACUAUCUGUUGAUUGGAUAUUAACCACGCAUGUAACUAGAACUCAUCAACUCUCAUCAAAAUAUGAACCAGCUCAGAGUUGACGCAAGUCAAACGCGACAGAGACUCUCAUCAACACUCACCCUCGCUUGAUCGGGCCUUUAAUUCAGUAUUCUUGUAUUCUUGCAGCCGUGGUCAGAUAGAAGAAAUAACCAAACAGUUUUCUGAAGCUACAGAACGUUUGAAUAACGUGAAUGCUAGUAUGAAGAGCUUGGCAACUUUAUGCAAGGUAAUCGUCAAUGGUAUACCAGUGUAUAUUUCUUCCAAACUGUUCUCACUAGAGGUUCACCGCUUGUCCAGUGCUACUGCCGAAAGAAACCUACUUAACCUAAAGCGACUUUAUUUAUACUGGAUAGCUUUAUCACUUCUAAACUGUUCUCCCUAAAGAUCCACUAAGAUUCAUCCCGUAUUGGUCCAGCGUUACUGCAGGAAGAAAUCCGAGCACCGACUCUAUCAUGUCUAAACUGUUCUCCUUUGGGACCGGUCAUUAUUUAAGGCGGCGGCUGGCACCGAAGAGAAUGUUUUUCUUUAUAAACAUUUUGUUGGUCCAACCAUAAAAAGUCAAAAACAUUUUUGCCCAACCUCAUCAAUUAAGAAAUAAAUACCCACCCCUGACAAAAACUUUACAAAAGGAUGCAAUUCAGUUUGAUAACUGCUUAUGCAAUUUUCUGCAAUCUUUCAUGUUAUCUGCACAUGUACUUUCUUUGGAGACACCAUUUGCCUUGUUUGUUUGCCUAACCCAAACCCUUUUUGUCAAGAUAGUGACUCUCAUUGAUCUUCAAUAUUUGAGUCAGUCAUGCUUUGGAAAUGACAAUAAAUUUUUAGUACCCAAACCUUGAGAGUUGUUUUUGUUUUUCAUUUGCCCAACCUUUUGCUCACCAAAAAUUUUGUUUACCCAACCCUUUUCUCUUUGGUGACAGCACCGCCUUAACCCAUUGAGUGAAAUAUGAGUCUCAUUGGGCCCUGAUGUGCCGUACUUUAUUAUUUUACUCUGUCUAACACCAGACGAGGAAGGGAGAGCACUGGCGCUUAAUGUGUUAGAAUCAUGACCGGUCCCUCAGAGAUCCUGUAAGGUUCGUCUCGUAUUUGACCAGUGUUACUGCAGGAAGCGUUGUAGUUGCAUUGAAAGGCUUUGUAUCACAUAGUAUGUUGUUUUGUUUAGAAAAUGGGUAAAAUGUUAGAUGAACGAAUUCAGCUGUAUGCUCAAUAUAGAAAAUACAUUGCAGUUCGGGCCAACAUUCAUUUCCAAAUGAUGUUAUCUCAACGUGGAUUUACGGGGAAAAUGAAACUUAAGCACAAGGAAGAAGAACUCCAUUUACUGGUAAGCAAAGGUUGAGCCCCGUAGACGAGAACGUUUUCCUCGGCAGCGAGCCUUGUAUGGAAGCUAGGCUUGGCAGUUUGGCGUCCACCGGUUACGGCGAGGGGGGCUAAUACCCGGUUAGUGGGGGGAGGUCACGGUGUGAGUUAGGGGGUCCGGGUCCCCCAAACAAAAAAAUAGUAUGCCUGUGUGAUGCUAACAUAGAUUCAAAGAUGGCUGUAUGAUGAUGAUAAUCAUGUUGGUUCUGAUAUUGACCAAGUUUUGGCGAACAUUUUGACCAACUUUUCAACGAGAAAACUGAAUGCUUGUGAGGUGGUUUUUUACAAGUUGAAAAUUUCCUGCGAGUCAAAAUACUUACUUUUCUUGGGGCUUUUGAAGUACUACUAUAGUUAGUUGACAAUGUAAACCAAUUUGAAAAAUCAUCAAAUGACAAACUAUUUUGACCAAAUAUAUUCCAUUUUGACCAACAUUUUGAACUUAAAAAUUAUUGGGGGGGGAGGGGGUGUUACACCCCCCUCAGUACCGGCAUCCCUGGCUAGUUGCGUUUUUACUAUUGGUCGCGUUUUUAAUAUGGUCAAUUAUUUUAGGUCGAUGUGGAUCAGGCAUCCCAAGGUGAAAGGAAAAGUACUAAAUCACUUUCUGGAGGGGAAAGAUCAUUCUCAACCGUCUCAUUUAUCAUGGCGCUUUGGGAUGCCAUGGAGGCACCGUUCAGAUGUUUGGACGAAUUUGAUGUAUUUAUGGUAAGCACUGUCAUUUCUAAACUUUUCAUCCUAGAGGUCUUGUAGGGCCAUUUCAUUUUCGACCAUGCAGUGUUUCUACAGGAGGAAAGUUAGACAAACCUAAUGUUGCUUGUGAUGUUACUCUGAGGUAUAUCCACACCGAGAGUAACAUCACACUCAGAGUAACAUCACACGCAUCUUAUUCACCUGAGUACAUUACACCUACACAGCAAAUAUCAAAACUAAUGUUAUUUAUACUGGAUAAAUAUAAGGAUUUUGAGCAUCUCACUGGAUAUAACUAAUUUUUGAAAGGGAAUUUUUGUGGCAAGUCUGCCCACCGUGGUCAGGCAUAUUUUUCAAGCUUGCCCGGUGUGGAUACACACUCAGAGUAACAUCACAAGCAUCAUAUUCACCUGAGUACAUUACACCAACACAGAAAAAAUCAUGAUUAUUAGAUUACAUUGGUAUCGAAGGAACUAGAUUCUGUUCCGAAAUAUCACGUACUCUAACCGACCAGACCGCGUAGCUCAGUUGGCAGAGCAUUGGGCUAGUAUUCCAAAGGUCGUAGGUUCGAUUCCCACCGUGGUCAGGCAUAUUUUUCAAGCUUGCCCGGUGUGGAUAUACACUCAGAGUAACAUCACAAGCAUCAUAUUCACCUGAGUACAUUACACCAACACAGAAAAAAUCAAGCCCUCAACAAGUUGUGAUCGCACUGCUUGUCCCAAGUUGUUAACAACUUGUAACAAGCUUGAUGGCAUUAUCAGACUUGUUGCAAAGGUUGUUCCAACAAGUCUGAUACAGUCAUCACUCAUGAUAUAACAAUAUUGUUACAACCAUGUGUCGUCAACCUUGUAACAUUCUUGUUACAUCAUGACUGCAUCAGACUUGUUAGAACAACCUUGUAACAAGUGUGUUAAUACCAUCAAGCUUGUUACGAGUUGCUAACAGCUUGUUCCAAACUUGUUACAACAACUGGGAACAAGCAGUGCGAACACAACUUGUCAACAGUUUGUGAACAGAUUUGUAACAACUUGUUUGCAAAAAUUUUGAUUUUUCUAGGAUAUGGUCAAUCGUCGAAUUAGCAUGGAUUCCAUUAUGAAAGUGGCAAAGGAACAACAGCACAGGCAGUUUAUCUUGCUUACCCCGCAAGAUAUGAGGUAGGGAUUUUAGAACUAUCUUGUCUUUUGUUUAUACAUGACUUACACACGUAAAAACGCACAAGUUGUAACAAACUUGCUUGUCAACAGGAUGUAUUCGCACUGCUUGUUCCCAGCUUGUUGACAA